AUGUCUACUUUCUUAGUGUGCUCAACCCUCAUCGGGGCCUAUCUCGGCUACCUACUCGUCUCACUCUUCAGAAAUUAUCAUGCCGCAAAAAUACUUGGAGUACCAAUUGUCCUUUCUCCGUUUGACCUUUUCCACCCGCUGUGGUACCUCAUAAGUCCUGCAUUCAAGCCUUUGGUAUCCCUUCUCCCAUACCGUUUCCGGAGGUGGUCAUCGCUCUACACCGGCGACUGGCCUUUCUACGACAAGCGCCGUAUACACCGCGAAGCCGGAGACGUCUUUGCCCUUGUAAAUCCGUGGAAUUAUCACAUAAUCGUAGGAGAUCCUGUGGCUGCAGACGCGAUCUAUCAUCGACGCAAGGACUUCAUCAAAGGGAAGAACUACGCAAUCUUCAACUUUUUCGGCCGGAGCGUCUUUAGCGUGGACGGCGAAGACUGGUCACGGCAACGGAAAAUAACCGCGCCGUGUUUCAAUGAAAGAGUGAGCGGCAUGGUGUGGGACGAGUCGGUUAGACAGGCACGUGCGGUGCUGAAGCACUGGACUUCUGACGAGCAGGGAAAGGUAGGCUCCAUGGUUGAUGAUACGAGAAUGAUCACGUUGCAUGUUCUCUCCGCUGUUGGCUUCGGAAUUCGCCAAGAUUUUGGCCAUGGAAUGGCAGACGUGAAACCUGGACACACAUUGGCAUACCGAGACGCACUACUAGGACUCCUUACUCAUUUUGUCUACCCCCUGGUCUUCCCGUUAUGGUUCCUAGAGAUUCCUGGACUUCCUGAAUCGUCUAUGAAGACCGCCGGAACUUCUUUAAGGGAGCUUAAUAGCUACAUGGACGAAAUGCUGAACGAUGAGCGGACGGCCAUUGAGAACGGGGAGGCUGCCCCAGCGAAACCGAAUCUUAUGAGCGCGUUGAUUAGGUCUUCUGCCGAGGAGCGGAAGCCGAAAGAUAGACUCACCGAUGAAGAGAUUAAAGGGAACUUGUUCAUUUUCAAUAUUGCAGGCCACGAUACCACUGCGAACACUUUCGCGUAUGCAAUCUCUCUUCUAGCUCUACAUCAGGAUUGCCAGAGCUGGCUUCGUGAAGAGUUAGAACUACACGUGCAUCAUUCAGAGUCCAACUACGAAGAGGUCUUUCCACACUUGAAACGAUGUCAGGCUAUCAUGUGGGAAACACUCCGCCUCUACCCCCCGGUCCUCGCCGCUCCUCGCCUAUCUUACGGACCCCAAUCAAUCCCCCUUUCCAACGGCCAAUCCAUCUCCGUCCCCCCAGACACAAGGUUCCAUCUAAAUCACUACGGCAUUCACAUCUCACCCUCCGUGUGGUCUUCUGAAAACGCGCCAGCUCACGAAUUCCAUCCACAACGCUGGAUCAAACCAUCAGAGACAGACCCGAAGGAGGAGACGCUGCUUCACCCAAAAUCAGGCACCUUUUUGGCUUGGUCGGGAGGACCGCGCCAUUGUCUUGGUCAGAAGUUCUCACAAGUUGAGUUUGUUGCUGUCAUAAGUACAUUGCUAGCGAAGUAUGUAGUUGAACUUGCCGUAUCGAGGGAGAGGCUGGAGGCGACGUUGGCAGAGACGGGUGGGGGAAGCCCGGCGUUGACGAUCGGGAGAAAAGAGGACAUUGUACUUCGAUUACGGAACGUUGGGUAGUAUAGAUGUUCAUGUAAAAUCUAUCACAAGUCGUUAACUAAAGGAAGUUCGCUUGACUGGGUACAUGCUUACUCAAAG